AUGGAUCCCGGGUGGCAACCAUACCAAGAUCCUAUGAUGGGUCAUCCCCCGCAGUUCAAUACUGCGUUGGCAUCUCAUCCCCAACAACUGACCUCGAAAUACGGUCAGCCGCCGCAGUCACAGCCGCCCGCUGGGUACACAUACGAGCCCUUUCAGACCCCUAGCACGGCACCAAAAGCCCCUUCAACCGGCACAAAUUCGAAGACGGUCUCGAUGGCCUCAUCACCUACCGCCACGCCACGUACUCGGGAUUAUGUCACCGAUGCGGAUACCACCAUGGAGGACGCCGACCCGUACAACCGGGCGAAGUACCCGUCGAGGCCAAACCACAAUCGCGCAUCUUCACAAUUCUUGAAUCAAGCAGAGGAAUCGUCGGCUGCUCGCAGGUAUUCUCCGGGGAAUGUCCUGUCGCCGCCCAUGUCGUAUCCCACCAGUCCGGGCAAGUCGCAGGGCACUUAUGGAUUCCCCUCCGCGCCCCAGAUUGCUUCUCGGCGGUCGCCUUCGAAACCUGAAUACGCAUCACCGCCGCAAGGAUAUCAUUCGCCUCCAUCCAACCGCGCCCCUCGGCUCCCUCCCCUUCAAUCCGCCCAGGCUAUGGGCAGGGAUCGCGAUCCCCACGGUCCGGCUCGUUGCCCUCCCAACCCCCCCCUGAUGCCUGGUCGUGGUCCUGUGCCCAAGUUCCGAAAGAUCCAGUCUGUGCAAGAGCUCCAGCCCCGUAUGAAUGUACAGCCUGCAUAUCGGCGCGCCAAUCCAGAGGGUGGUUUUAUUAGUCCACUUCAAUCGUUGACAACCCACCUCCCGGCCACUUACCGCAUAUGCAACCCGGGAUUCAAUUACGAGUCUUCGAGAAACCCACGACGAGUAUUGACCAAACCCAGCAAAGGUGUCAAAAACGAUGGGUAUGACAACGAGGAUAGUGAUUAUAUCCUUUAUGUCAAUGACAUCCUUGGGAGUGAGGACGCCGGUCAUAAGAACCGAUACCUCAUUCUGGACGUUCUCGGUCAGGGUACCUUCGGACAGGUCGUGAAAUGCCAAAACCUGAAGACGGGAGAAGUAGUGGCUGUGAAGGUCAUCAAGAACAAGACUGCCUAUUUCAACCAGAGUAUGAUGGAAGUAUCUGUUCUGGAUCUGCUCAACAGCAAAUAUGACAAGAACGAUGACCACCACCUACUGCGACUCAAGGACACGUUCAUUCAUCGCCAGCAUCUAUGUCUCGCGUUCGAACUACUCAGUGUCAAUCUCUACGAGUUGAUCAAACAAAACCAAUUCCGUGGACUGAGCACCACUCUUGUCCGUGUGUUUGCGCAACAGCUGCUGAAUGCUCUGAGCUUGUUGAACAAGGCCCAUUUGAUUCACUGUGAUUUGAAACCAGAGAACAUCCUCCUGAAAAAUCUUGAGAGCCCGAUCAUCAAGGUCAUUGACUUCGGUUCUGCAUGCGAUGAACGCCAGACAGUUUACACCUACAUUCAAUCGCGGUUCUACCGAUCUCCAGAAGUACUGUUGGGCUUACCGUAUUCAUCGGCGAUUGAUAUGUGGUCUCUCGGCUGUAUCGUCGUGGAACUGUUCCUCGGCCUCCCUCUCUUCCCCGGUUCUUCGGAAUACAACCAAGUCUGUCGAAUAGUCGAGAUGCUGGGUAUCCCCCCAACGUGGAUGUUGGAGAUGGGCAAGCAGUCUGGGGAGUUCUUCGAAAAGACCCAGGACGAGUUCGGGAGAAAGACGUACCGUCUGAAGAGCUUAGAGCAGUACUCUCGUGAACACAAUACGAAAGAACAGCCAAGCAAGAAGUAUUUCUCCGCGUCGACCUUGGAGGAAAUUAUCCGAAGCUACCCAAUGCCUCGGAAGAACAUGAAGCAGGCUGAAAUUGAUCGAGAAUUAAACAAUCGGAUUGCAUUCAUCGACUUUGUGCGCGGACUCCUGUCGAUCAACCCUCUCGAGCGGUGGUCGCCACAACAAGCCAAGUUGCACCCAUUCAUCACUCAGCAGAAAUUCACUGGGCCAUUUAUGCCGCCAAUGAAUCUGAAGUAUUCUACAGCAAACAAGCCCGCGCCGGGUGUUCAGCAACAACAGCAGGCCGAGGCCGCCAGCAAACAGAGAGCAGCGCAGGCGGCGCAUGCGCAAAAUGCGCCCCACCCAUGUACAACGGCAUGUACCAACAAGGCGCACCACCUCCCCCCCUACCCUGCUCAGCAGCCCCCAGGUUACGGUCACCAGAUGGGUAUGAUGCCAAACAACCAGAUGCCCUCGCAAAGUCUCUACGCACAAGCAACUACACGAGCGGGACGUCAACGAGCAUCUACUAUGGACCCCAACGGAGGAAUCCCGUCGACGAUCCAACGAGUUGCUAGCCACUUGGACCCCAAUGCACCCAUCCGGUUGCAGCCGAGCCCAGCUUACUACCCACCGCCUCCGGAUGGAUAUGUCGAUCCUAACACCAGUCAACGGCGCCGCGGGAGCCGAGUGGGCGAUACCAACCAGCGCAACCGAGACUUCAUUCGCACUCUUGAGGAUGGGGUGCUGACCGAAGGAUACAUGGGUCAGAACCAAUGGCACUAG